AUGAUUACAUGUGUUGACGAAAAUUGUAACUGGUUUCUGCGCGCUUCAAAGUUGAAACAAACACAAACCUUCAAGAUUAGAAAAUAUGUCAACAACCACACCUACUCAUUGGAUGUCAUAAUGGAAGAUCACAGGCAAGCAACUUACAAUACUAUUGCUCAAAUAGUAAAGAAGAAGUACAACUCAAUAAACAGGCAGCAUGCACCGAAUGACAUCAUGAAGGACAUGCUACAUGAGUUUGGGGUCUCGAUGGGAUAUCAAAAGGCUUGGAGAACAAGAGAGAAGGCUCUAGAAUUGUCAAGAGGAAAGCCAGAAGACUCAUACCAACAACUCCCAAUGUACCUUCAUAUGCUAAAAAAAGCAAAUCCAGGCACCGGAACCGAAUUGAUGACAGACAAGAAGAACCGGUUCAAGUACAUGUUCCUAGCACUGUCAAACUCAAUUAGAGCAUGGAUUCAUUACAGACCGGUGAUUGUGGUAGAUGGCACAUUCUUGAAAAUAACAUACGGAGGGACGUUGUUUACAACAUCAAUAAUGGAUGUUUACAACCACAUAUUCAUAUUGGCAUUUGGAAUAGGAGACUUGGAGAAUGAUUCAUCAUGGGAGUGGUUCUUCCACAAGCUAAGAGAAACAUUCGGAGAAAGAGAAGGCAUGACAAUCAUCUCAGACCGGCACAAAAGCAUAGAGAAAGCAGUAGCAACUGUCUACCCAAACAUAUUCCAUGGAGCAUGCAUAUUCCACUUGCUUAACAACAUUAAAGUCAAUUUUGGAGCACACGGAGAAGAUCUUACAUUAAACUUUGUCAAAGCCACCAAGACAUACAACACGAAAUCAUUUGAAGGAUACAUGUCAGAACUCAACAAAGUAGACAGGAGAAUCAGACCUUAUUCUUAG